UAUUGUCGCUUUUCUCUUUCCACAAUACAUUCCUGCCUCUCUGCAUUUGAAAAUCUCCUCUCAGCAAUAUUCAUUGGGUUUCUCGUCUCUACUUCCGCCUCAACACUCCUUUCACCUUCUACACCUCACUACCACACGACAAAAUGCCGAUCAAGACAUGGCUCACCGAGACACUCGGAAUACGCGUCCCUCUUGUACAAGGAGGCAUGAUGUGGGUAGGAAAAGCAGAGAUGAUCAGCGCAGUUGCAAACGCAGGCGCACUCGGCUUCCUCACAGCCCUCACACAACCCACGCCUGAAGCGCUCCGCCAGGAAAUCCGAAGAACAAAGUCCAUGUUGAAGCCAACUGCUGUCCAAUUCGGCGUCAACAUCACCCUGCUCCCAUCGAUGAACGCGCCAGACUACGCCGCAUACGCAAAGGUAGCAGUUGAAGAAGGCAUCAAAGUCGUGGAGACAGCGGGAGAUCCGACACCAGUCCUGAAGUACCUCAAAGACAACGGCAUAACCGUCUUCCACAAGUGCGUUACACUGAAGCACGCAUUGCGGGCAGAGAAGCUGGGCGUCGACUGCAUUUCCAUUGACGGAAUCGAGUGUGCCGGCCACGGAGGAGAGUACGACACGACAUCGCUCAUGCUCCUCUCGCUGUGCAAAGAGCAGCUCAAGAUCCCAUACCUCGCAUCUGGCGGCUUCGCAAACGGGCGACAACUGGCUGCCGCAUUGGCGCUCGGCGCUGUAGGCGUCAAUAUGGGUACGCGGUGGAUGUGCACGGUCGAGUCGCCGAUCCAUCAGAAUGUUAAAGAAGCGAUCGUCAAGGCCACAGAGAACGAUACUGUUCUUGUGCUGCGCAAGUUCAGGAACACUACGAGGUUGCACAAGAAUAAGGUCUCGGUUGAGGUGCACAAGAUUGAGAACGAGAAGAAGGAUGUCGAGUUCAAGGAUGUUGCGCAUCUUAUGAGCGGAAAGCGUGGGCAGGGUGUGUACGAGACCGGGGAUGUAGAUGCGGGCGUGUGGAGUCUGGGGAUGUGCGCGGGCCUUAUACACGACAUUCCGACGUGCGAGGAGCUCGCGAGGACGAUGGAGCAGGACGCUAUCGAGACGCUGACACAGUCAAAUGCUUUAGUCAUCAAGAGCGCGAAGCUGUAGAUAGACGGGUGAGGAUGUUUUGUUUGGAUAGAGCUAUGUUCAGUUUAGCGAUCGAUAAAUUCUUGGGCCGGUCUUGUACUGCUCUUGCCCCAGAUAUCCUCGAACU